AAUGAAUUUAUACGCUACUUGUCUGAAUUUGGUUCAACCGAGCCUACACAGGAGGAAUCAAAUAAAAUUUGGAUCGAAAAAGUGGCAGGAGGAAAAAAAAGGGGGAAAACCUAUAGGUUUGGUUCUCGAAAUGAGUUACGACGUCUUCGUGCUGGAUGGGCUGGUAUUGGUUCCUCACGCCAGGUUAAGGCGAUUGACGGUGUUCAUUUCACUGCUAUGUCGCAGCAGAUUAUAGAUCUUUCACUGUCCUUCGCACAGUCCGUUGCUCAAAAUGGUCAUGAGCAAGACUGUCGAGGAACUCAAGAAACAAGUUGUUAGCAUGAGUCACCGUCGUCACCAUUUUCCAUCUCCCGAUUCAAGUAGCAAAGAAGAAACAGAAAGUGAUGAGUUUGUUGACCCUACUCCUUAGUGUUAGUUGGAUUUGCUUCUAGACUUUUUUUAGACAUUAAUGUUGAACUUAACUAAUAACUUUUGAAUUAAGAAGCUUAAAGACUUAAGUGUUUUGAAUGUUUUUGAAUUACCUGUUAAGUGUUUUUGAAUAUUGAA